GAAGAUUGUCGUCUUCCUAAUGCAACGGAACCGUCGAAAUGUUAUUCUCCAUCUUCUUCAACUCCUCUCGCGGAGUUAGAAACUGCCCGGAGCUUAGAGAUUGUCGAAUCUUCCUUUCUGUCUCCCAUUUGGUUACUGGUGAUCUUCUGCAUCAUUAACUUGUUAAACUACAUGGAUCGUGGUGCUAUAGCGAGCAAUGGUGUCAAUGGCAAUAUCAGGACUUGUGAUGAUAAGGGCAAAUGCAACCCUGCAACUGAGAUUCAGGGACAUUUCAAUCUAAGUAAUUUCGAAGAUGGUGUGCUGUCAUCUUCAUUUAUGGUUGGACUUCUUAUUGCAUCGCCAAUCUUUGCUUCAUUAGCAAAAAGUUUCAAUCCAUUUAGACUUAUUGGAGUAGGCUUAACUGUUUGGACUAUUGCAGUUCUUGGUUGUGGAAGUUCCUUUGCCUUUUGGUUUAUCGUCUUAUGUCGCAUGUUCGUUGGUGUAGGUGAAGCUUCUUUCAUCAGUCUUGCAGCUCCGUUUAUAGAUGAUAAUGCUCCUCACAAACAGAAAGCUGUGUGGCUUGGUGUGUUUUACAUGUGUAUACCAAGUGGUGUUGCUUUGGGCUAUGUCUAUGGCGGAUACGUUGGAAAACAUUUUAGUUGGCGCUAUGCGUUUUGGGGAGAAGCAGUAUUAAUGGCUCCAUUUGCUGUUCUUGGUUUCUUGAUGAAACCUUUGCAGUUAAAAGGGUUUCCUUCUACUGAUUCGAUAAAGAUGGCUUCAUCAGUUGGUAAAAACAAGAAUCAUCUUCAAGCUGGUGGUAAUGAGAUUGAGAUCUCCAUUGAAACUUACAAGUCAAGUUACAUGAACGCAGUUUCGAAAUCGUUUACUCAGUUUGCGAAAGAUAUGAAAGUUCUAUGUAAAGAAAAGGUCUUUGUUGUUAAUGUCUUAGGUUAUGUAUCAUACAACUUUGUUAUUGGUGCAUACUCAUAUUGGGGACCAAAGGCUGGUUAUAGCAUUUACAAAAUGAAAAACGCCGAUAUGAUCUUCGGCGCAGUAACUAUCAUUUGUGGGAUCAGUGGGACAUUAUCAGGAGGGUUUAUACUCGAUCGUGUCACCGCAACAAUUCCAAAUGCUUUUAAACUUUUAUCCGGAGCAGUGUUUCUUGGAGCGAUCUUUUGCUUCACUGCAUUUACCUUAAAGAGUUUAUACGGUUUCAUCGCUCUCUUUGCCUUAGGAGAGUUUCUUGUGUUUGCUACACAGGCUCCUGUGAACUAUGUGUGUUUGCAUUGUGUGAAACCAAGUUUAAGACCAUUAUCAAUGGCUAUCUCUACCGUUGCGAUUCACAUAUUUGGCGAUGUUCCUUCUUCUCCUCUUGUCGGUAUCGUUCAGGAUCAUAUCAACAGUUGGAGAAAAACAGCAUUGAUCCUUACAUCGGUUCUGUUCUUAGCUGCUGCAAUAUGGUUUAUAGGGAUAUUCAUAAACAGUGUAGAUCGUUUUAAUGGAGAAGAAAGUGAAAGUGAGAAGCAGAGGAGGCAAGAACAAUCGAUUACAGCUAAAACAAUCACAGGAAGUAGUGUGACAAAUGAGAUAGAGAGACAGUAAUAGAUGCUUGUGUUGCAAGCAAGCGCUACUUCAUCUCAGUUCCAAGAAGAGAUAAUACUCAUUCUCUUUGGCUUCUCGUUCGUUUUGCAGAGCUUUCAAAAUAAUUUAUUUGCAUGUCUUCUGUC